AAUUAUGGAAGAAGGUGAUAGUGUGUGGACAGUGGAGUGUCUAAGAGGGAGAUUGCUUGCGGAAAGAGUGGCUUCAAGAAAUGCUAAAGAGGAGGCUGACCAAUUGGGAACCAAGCUGAUGGAGCUGGAGAAUCUGUUGAAAGUAGAGACAAGAUCAAGAAACAGAGUUGUGAAGAAGCUAAAAUUUCUACAGACAAAGCUUCAAUGCAACAAAAUAUCAAAUGCUGUACACAAAUUAGAGCUUUCAAUUUUAUCAGAUAAGAGCCAGGAAAUUUCGAAGCACAAUGGUUUACAAAGCCAUGAAAUUCCCACAGGCGAAGAGAUUUUGAGUUCUUCGAGUGAAGCCAACUCACCUGAAAAUCUAAACUCCCCCGUUGUCACAAAGAAUUUCGAGCAUAAUUGUGCAAGUAGUAACAUAUCUGAUCAGUCAACAGAACUCAAGUCGAAUCAAGAUUCUAAUGAUUCAAAGACAGAAGAUGAAAUUGAAGUUAACAAAAAAAAGGACGAUGAUCAAGAGACUUGUGCAGAAAAAUCCUCAGCAUUAAUCCCGGUCGACAUGCCAAAGGGAAAACAGCAUAUCAUUGAUCCAGCAGUUCUUGAUGCCACUGUAAAAGAAGUGCUUGAUUCUUUAAGGAAGGCUAAGGAACAACUUCAAGCCUCAAUGGAGAGAAGACAUGUAAACAUGAUUAAAGUCGGUUAG